AUGAUCCGACUCGACCACAAUUUGGGCCCAAAAGCCCAAGAAAUCUCUAGCACAAAGAAAGCAAGUGAGAUAUACAUCUCGAAUAGCCUAACUUUCAAAAUCUCACACUCUAUAAACGUCAGUGUUAAUAAGGUCCCGGCGCAAGAGGCUAAGCCAUCGCGACGGUCGUCGGAGUCUCUGAUGGAUAAGGUGAAAACGAACUGUUUGUCCAUGGCAGUCACGUUUCAAGAAGGUCUUAGCUACGUCAAAGCGUUUUUUGUCGGCCAGGCAAAGAGGUUGACGGCCAAGAACGAGCAAGAAGCUACGGAAGCUCAUUUAACAGAGACAAAAAUGCAAGUAGAAGCAACUGAUGAAGCAGAGAACGCCAAGAAGAGGCUUCAUCAGUCUUCUUAAUGUUUUUUACUGAUGAAUCUGUUUUUUCUAAUUAUAAUGUAUUCGUAAUAUUGAUUUUAUUUGAAUUGUUGUUACUUAAUUAUUUAGCUAUCUCUCAUCAUUGAGUUUACCUUC